CAACAGAGAGCUAUGUCAACCCCGGCGAUUUUAUCUGCAACUUAGAACACUAUCUACAACAUUUCACUUAUUCAUUCCCUACCUCUCUACCUUAUCUUGCAUAGCAAGAUCAUUCAUCCUAGAACAUUAUCCACUUUGAAUUGUUGUUGUAGAAGACAACAGCUUCGAAACGGACAGCUUCAAGAAAGCUUUCUAACUUUACUGAGAAGACUACUCAGACCACACAGACCACUAAGCGAGACCAUCGUCUCUCUUAUUAUCUAUUCAUCUGCCUGAACAGAGGCAGCACUUACACGCAUCUAGUUUUCGUCUGCCAAGUUCGCCUGCUGCUGCUGAGGACAAUUUAAGAGCUUAAUUGCCCGGCCAGACUGGCUUGCGCUGCGUGAGUUUCGGAACCAACUGAUAGCCAAUUCGGCAACCAGGAUCUAUCGACAAUCGGCCCAUUUCCGAACUCGACUCUCAUCACGAUGCUGUCCAAUCCGGUUCAUGGCGGUCUUCACGCCCGGCACCGACAACAUCGACGACAAAACUCGACUCCCACAGGAUACGAAACAAUGAAGAUCGCAACAAACCUGUCCAACAUGCAUCAACAACAACACCAGAACCAGCAACGAUCACGCAUGUCCCAUCGCAGGGGCAUGAGUCUGGAUAUUCGACGACAACAACCACAGCAACAGAUGCAAUCCCCGACAAUACCAAUACGACAGGAAUAUUCAACGGUAAGUAACGCUACUAACAAUACAGGAUCAAUCACAUCACAGCAUGUGCUGCGAGAAGCGCAGCAGCAACGCAUGGCUCGCCCGGGCUCCCAGCAAGCAUACGCGAACUUGGCAAGCGACGACAGCUAUCUAAUAUCCCCUCACGGGACACCAAGGGCACAGAGUUUUGAAGGACAAGGGUUUGAGGGUCUUUCAACCCAACAUGAUAUGCAAAUCAAUCUUGACAUGUAUAAUGGACCUAUGAAUGUCAUUAUUAAAAAGAACCAGGAGAGUUUCUCCAGUAACAUAACAACGUCUCAGGACUUCGACCAGUUCCCAAGCACCCUAUCCACACCUACGCUCAUGAGCUUCCAGGACAGCCCAACGGGAGGUCCUGGAUGGAUCUCUGAGGGAGAGACUUCCAGUACCAGAAGAAGCUCCUCCCGUCGUAUUAGCAACGGAAUUAUGGAUAGAGUCUCAAAAUUCGAAAACUUAGGAACCGAGGUUUCGAGACCUUUGACGCCUCCCCGUCAGGAUGCUACAGACUACUUCCCACUCACACCUAUGGAUACACCUCAUAACAGGACCAUAAAGCAUAGUCAACCACCGCAAAGGUUCUCAGAUGGCUACGACGAAUCAAUGGAGGAAACUGUGAAACCCACAAGGCAAUCCGCAAAUGGACGAUCACGGACGACUUUCGAUGAGAUGCGAGAAGCAGCUGAAGCCCAGGUCCCUAUGCCAUUGCCAAACCGAUCCAACACGAUGCCUCUAUUAGAGACAUUCAAUCCCCCAUCAGACCCGAUGGCGGAGUUUUUGGAUAUGGGCCGUAUGGGUGGCAACGGCCUCAGAAUUGAUACUGCUUUUGAUGGGCUUCCCAUGUCUUCACAUUCCAUCGGCGCCAAUUCAGAUCUUUCCGGGCAUACGACUCCCAUUACGCCCCAAUUGGGCGAAUUCAAUGGCUCCUUUGAGUACAAGCCUAAUAUGCAACACCCCAACUUAGGAUCCGAUCCGUUCAACAGCGAAGAUGGAUAUUCAAUAGAAGCAUCUUCCCGCCGAGGGACUCCGCUCCAUCGUCGAAACGAGUCAAUGGCUAGCAUUGCAAGUGCUGCGAGUAUCGCCAGUAUCGACAUCGAGAAGACCAAAAUGUCAACAGGAAUCACACUCGAAGACAUCCACCAAUAUAUCCAAGGGCCCGACCCCAGAGACAACAAAUGGACCUGCACCUUCGAAGACUGCAAUAAGAAGUUCGGUCGGAAGGAAAACAUCAAGUCUCACGUACAAACCCAUCUCAACGACCGCCAGUACAGAUGUCCAACAUGUAAUAAGUGCUUCGUUCGACAGCACGACCUCAAACGGCACGCAAAGAUACACACAGGUAUAAAGCCUUAUCCUUGCGAGUGUGGCAACAGCUUUGCGCGUCAUGAUGCACUUACCCGUCACAAACAACGUGGUAUGUGCAUUGGCGCAUUUGAGGGCGUGACGAGAAAAGUGGUAAAGCGCGGGCGUCCGCGAAAGCACCGACCAGAUAUGAAUGAGCGAAAGGAAAAGUCAGUUCGAACUCUCAAGAAGAAUAUGUCGACUUCAUCGAUGUCGUCGCAGUCCGGAUACUCGGACACCUCAGCAGGCAAUUCUCCCGAAUAUGUCGACCCGGAUUUCGAUGUGCUAGACGGAAUUAUGGACGUAUCGAUGGGGGGAACGACGAUGAACCCAAACUCUCUCCAGAACAUAAGUUCAUCGUCUGCGCCAAUGCCUAGCCUCGGUAACGAUGCGCCGGUGAGUGAGCACUCGCCGUCAGCGGCUAGUGUGCAUUCAUACGUCUCGCAAUUAUCCCAUAUCUCGCUCCACCAAGAACUACUGCCAGAAGCGAUAUCGUCGCCACCAGGGUCUCCUGCGAAGAGCGUCGCUAGUCAGUUUAACGAACUCCCAGAGCUUUCUCGCUCGUCAUCUCCGCCGUCCGGCAGCCGGUAUUUUGAUGCCGAGCCGAAUUCAAGCGGUACGGAGAUUACGAUUGGUUCCAGCGUCGAGACAUCCAGCAUUCCAAGCUUUUCUGGAAUAAGCGAGGCUGACGAUGAUAUGCUGCUCCAAUUCACUAAUAACGAUACGGGCAUGCUCAUGCUUAGCUCUGAUAGCAAGUUUGAUGAGGCGUUCGACAGCGUCGAUAUGUUUACCAAUAAUGACGACUUAUUUUUCGGUAGUAGCUAAGACAGUUGGAGAGGCAAAAUGAUUCGUCUUUCAUAUUUAACUCGAAACGAAGCGAAGCGAAGCGGGACAUACUAGAACGGCAUACUAAUGAAAUGCAUUUUGGGGGUUUAUACUUGACCUUGGAGCGUAAUUGCGAGCUCCUUGUUUUUCCUUUCCCUCUGAAAUUCGGCCAAGAAGUCAUGUACGAUAAUGUGGAAUUACGAGAGACGGGAUCGCGGUGAAAGGGAAUUUCCCCAUGGCGGAUUGGAUGGGAUGUUUGGGCGUUUUAGCGCCGACGCGGGUGGCCGUCUAUUUUUCUGGUCUGUUUAAUUUGGGAGGGGGGAGGGGGCGGUACUUGAGAGUUUCCAUAGGAUGAAAAAUAUUAUUUGGGGUGUAGUUGAUCUCGUUUGGAUAUUAGGUCACUGGAUGAUAAUGAGAUGAGGUCUUUAUUCUGGUGCUGUAAUCUGUGCAUGUUUUGUG